AUGACGUCGUGCACGACUGGAGCACACAGCAUCGGAGACGCUUCACGACUGAUCCAGUUUGGUGACGCUGAUGUGAUGAUCGCUGGCGGAGCUGAAUCAUGCAUCCAUCCUCUGGCCAUCUCGGGGUUCUCUAGAGCCAGGAGUUUGGCCACCGAGUUCAAUGAUCGACCAUUAGAAUCAAGUCGGCCCUUCGAUCGAGAACGGGAUGGAUUUGUCAUAGGAGAAGGAGCUGGAGUUGUGAUACUUGAAGAAUUCGAACACGCGAAGAAACGAGGUGCGAAUAUCUAUGCUGAGGUCGCGGGCUACGGACUAUCUAGCGACGCAUACCACAUGACGGCACCUCGCGAAGAUGGUCAAGGACCACGUCUUGCUAUGAAGCACGCACUGCGGCACGCUGGUAUCAAGCCUAGUGCUGUCGAUUACGUUAACGCGCAUGCUACAAGUACCCCACUGGGUGAUGCUGCGGAGAAUCGAGCCAUCAAAGAGCUAUUGCUGGGCGAAGAUGGAAAGGAAGCCGCUUCUAAAAUCAACAUACCAUACCUAAGGAGGCUUCCAUUUCCCGUGAUCGCAAUCAUCAUCACGCUCAUCGUAGUGAACCUUCUAGUUUGGGCGGCAGUAGGUAUCGUUCUGCAUUGGCACACGCCUCUGAUAUCGACCGCAAUUCUCUCUUAUACUCUCGGAUUGCGUCAUGCCCUGGACGCAGAUCACAUCUCGGCUAUCGAUCUCAUGACUCGCCGUCUUAUUGCAGCAGGCCAGCGUCCAGUGACAGUUGGAAUGUUCUUCAGUCUUGGACACUCUACUAUUGUCAUCAUCACGUCACUCGUAGUCGCAGGCACUGCAGCAGCCGUUUCAGACAAGUUUGGCAAUUUUGAGCGCGUUGGUGGUAUCAUCGGAACUUCUGUAUCUGCUGCUUUCCUGCUACUCCUUGGUCUCAUGAACAUCUACAUUCUGUAUAAACUCAUCGUUCAGAUGCGAAAGAUGAUCGCGAGUGAUCCCGGAAGUGAGCACGAGGAGUUCAAGAUUCAGGGCGGGGGAUGCCUCUUUCCAAUCCUGCAGAAGCUCUUCAAAUUGGUCGAUCGACCCUGGAAAAUGUAUCCUCUUGGUGUGCUCUUUGGUCUUGGAUUCGACACUUCCUCUGAGAUCGCUAUUCUGGGAAUCAGCUCAAUUCAAGCAACAAAAGGAACCUCCAUCUGGCUGAUCUUGAUCUUUCCGCUGCUCUUCACUGCCGGCAUGUGCCUUCUCGACACAACAGACGGCGCGCUGAUGAUGAGUUUGUAUACCAGCACACAACUAGCGCGCGACCCUAUCGCUAUUUGCUACUACAGCAUUGUACUCACAGUCAUCACUGUUAUUGUCGCGACCAUAAUCGGGACAGUACAGUUCCUCAAUCUAGUACUUAACGUUGCCGAGCCACACGGCAAAUUCUGGGAUGGCGUCGAAAAGCUGGGUGACGCUUGGGACAUAGUUGGUGGGGCGAUAUGUGGCACGUUCAUCGUGUUUGGUGGUCUCAGUGUUUUGCUGUACAAGCCUUGGAGACGGCGUAUCGAUCGCAAAAGGGUCAAUAACGCGCAUUUCGAGCCACUACCGCAGGAGAACGAGAUUGCUGAACCGGACGAAGAAGAUCCCCGGGAAGUGCCCGCGUCGAUCACGACAUAUACAAAGGAUGUGGAUGUGAAUGUUGAGCCUGUUGGGGCUACAGACAUUGCUGGACCUGCACACCGUUGA